CACUGUUUCCAUUAUUUGUAGGCCUAAAUAAAAAUAGAUUUGUGUAUGUACUUGCUUGUGUCAAGUGACUGUGGUACAAAUCUGACAUUUGUACGGUAAGGAUUGAUUUGUAUUAUUGAUAUGAUGUUUGUGCGUAGUGGUUGUGAUUGAUUAAUAUUUAAUUAAUAAUUACAAUUACUCUGUCCUAACAAUUAAGAAAUGCUCAUUUACUACAAAGGCUAUUCUAAUAAUCUUUUGCUUUUUCCUGUUUUACAGCUUUAUUGCAACACUUUUUGCCUUCACCAACACACACAUAUAUACACACACACACACACACACGGCAAAACAACUGCACUUUUAAGAGCCACACUCUCUCUCUCUCUCUCUCUAUUUCUUCAUCUCGUUUUUUUUUUUUUUUUUUUGUGUCUGUAUUGUUUCUAUUUGUAUGUGAUCUCCCUAAAUUCUGACGUCAGGGUCUUUGAUGAUCCCAAUGAUGCCAGGAUCCACAUGGCAGCAUUGAUUAGUGAUGCUUAUCUCCAUGAUGCCAGGGCUGCCAUGGCCAAGAAAAACCCUGCCUUUCCCCAAAGAAAAAUGAGAAAAAGCAGGAAGAGAUCCCUCACUAAUCCACUGGUCACAGGCAGGCGUGAGAAACGUCGGGAAACACACUGCCCUGCAUCAGCUGCUUCUCAAUCCAGAAGAAGGGAUCCAGUGCAUGAGGAAGGCCUUCAGAUAGAAGAUCAAGAGUUGGCAAGUCUUGAAACAAGACUCCAAGAGUUAAGGGACACUAUAACUGCAGACCAGGUUCCGGAGGGAACAGACAGAAUGGUUUCUGCUUGGGAACAAAAGCAGCUUCUCACAGAUGUGAGAAUGAAAACUGCUAGGCCUAUGCUUUUUGAUGCAAAGCUCUCAGCCGAGAGAGUAUCCGUCCAAAAUUGUCACAGAUGCUGUGCUGUAGAAGCUGUGAUUAGGUGCCUGGACUGUGUACCACUGGACAUGGAGUACCUCUGUGCUACCUGUGACAUGGAGGCCCACAAGAGAAAUGUCUUCCAUGACAGAGAGGCUGUGUUCCAUGGAUUUCUUGAGCCCUUUCCCCCUACAACUGCUGUGGUGGUGAAUGAAAAUGGCCAGCCUCAGUUUUGUGAACAAAUAUGUCAACUGCCUGUUCCUGCACCAAGGUCAAUUUGUGAAUGCACACAUGACUUCACAAUCACUCCAGGGAAGCAUAUUUCUGUGGUCACCAUCAAUGGACGAUACGAUGUCUGCUUGCUUUGGAAAUCCUGUUCAUCAUGCUCUGCAGAAUGGAAUCCCGAGGUGAAGGACCUGCUCAUUUAUCGGUACUGGCCAGCUAGCACCAGCUGCCAGACCCUGUACAAGUUUGAUGUCUUCACCUCUUUUGAACAUAUGAAGGUGACGGCACCAGCCAUGUCCAGGCAGGCCUUCCUGAAAAUGUUGGAGCACAGAUCUGUCCAAGCUGGAAGGACAGGUAGUAUCUGUGCUGAUACAUUUCAGCAAAGCUUUUUUGAGUUUACCUUCUGUCAAUACAAAGAAGAGGAUAUGUGCCAGGUCCAUCAUUUUGAGUGUCCAGCAUGUUCUCCAGACAUGUUGGCUGUCUGCUCUGAUGGGAACCGAAAACAUUACCGCUUCAGCAAGUCAAAAGGGACUGAGGAGCCACCCAUAUAUGAGGGCUUGUUCUUGGCCAAGGAUGAGGAAGUUGCUACCUUUGUUGACCUUGUCAGAGGCAACAUGAGAAGUGCAAAUGAAAGUGCUGUGUGCGGUACUGCCAAGUUCACCGCUGGUAGAGAGAUGACAAAAAAGUCUGGUGCUCAGAUAGACGAGGAGGGCAUUCAAGUUGCAGUUUGCAGACAUGGGUUUCUCUUACGAGGACUGAACCAUUACCGUGGAGAAAUAUUUGCUUACCCAAUGUUUCUUCAAAGAGAGAUGUCAAAGAAGGCAAAUGUUACCUUCUUCUGUAUGGAUGUUACAUGCAGGUACUGGCCCUACCUUAACAAAGUAGCAGAGGGUUUACCAGAGCUUCUGCCAUUGACAGAAAUGAGGCCAUUUCUGAGCGUCAUGCACGCCAAAGCCCAUACAGCAAAAUGCGAGGUGAGAUGGGGUGGCAGAAGCCAGGAUGGAGCAGGAAACACGGUGGGAGAGGAAGUAGAGCAGGUGAACAGCUUUCUCUCCAGGGCAGCACUUGUCACAAAAUACAUGACAAAGGCUGGAAGAGUGAACAUGCUAACGCGACAGGCCAUGGGUUUGAACAGAAGAAAGAGAUGUCAGAUAUGUCAAAGAUAUGUCAAAAUCACAGAGAGGCGAAACUGGAAGCUGCCAGCCUUAGCAAAAUCAAGAAGGAGCACAACCUUGAUCAGGAGACAAUACAGCAGUGGGUGUGUGAUGUCAGACAAUGGGCGGUUACAGAGAGAGUCUACACUCCAGGUUGUACUGAAGAGCAAGAAGAAAGAUCUGUAUCGUCGGCAUGGUUUGUUGUCAAAUCAAGUUAUUUAA